GUUCGGCCUAAGACUCUCCCCGAUACCAAAUGUGAGCGAUUUCCGUGUCUUUUGAUCAGCAGAAAGCUCUACAAUUCAUGCAUUGUCAGUUUCUAUGAGGGUACGGCGGAUCAUUGUAAGUCUUUCACAGACCUCCGUCGUGGAAGGCCUCAAUCAGGUAAGGCCCGCCCUCGGCUUCGCGUUUGUGCCAGAAGCCCUAUCAUUGAGGACAGAGGAAACUUGUUCAAAUCAUUCUGAUACCGACGUAGCGAUUAUUCUCAAGUUUUCUGAUUCGUUCAUUUGACCAAGUACAUCCUUGUGAAGAAGCCGGACCCGCAUCCUCCGACUUCCGUCGAAUUCGGCUCCAUCCUGCCCAGGCUUUUCAGAAGCAUAUGUGCAUCACACUUAACACAGCGGCCAACAAGUGCGAUUCACUUCGGAGCUCACGACAAGAGACAAGAAGCCUGAGAAGAUUGAAAUGUCUCGUAAACUCUUCACAAAUGAGUUUCGGCUAAACCAGGGUUCAUUUAAGCCCCUAUCACUGUUUUAGCGACUACCCUUUUUUACCAAAGCCACUCGCAGUCAGCUUCCAGUCCAGCUAAUUGAUAUGAGCAUUAUUCAGUCCGCAAAAAGUCUCAAAAUCUAACAAAACCUUGGAGUCUCCUAUCAUCUGGAAAAUGAAAAACCGCGGUUUUUUUGGCAUCUUGCUUUGCAAAGGUAAUCGCUAAUUCCGCGCAUUCACAAUGAUUUUUGAAGGGCCCAUUGGCUAAUACGAAAAUCCUCAGUAUUUCUCGUAUUCUCGGGACCCUCUUCCGGGCCCCAUCUUGACCGGACCGGGUCGGCCUUCCGAUGCGGGGCAUUGCCGUUAUCCAGCCUGCGCCGGGUGAGAUUCUGAGGACGCCUAUAUCGGAGGGCCCUGGCACGUACUUAUUUCAGACGUAUCCUGUCAAAAACAGACUGAUCCACUGAGGAACCUAGACUGACGUUUACUCUUUACCUUUUCGAAAGUGCCAGAACAAUCCAUUUGCCCAAGGUCUCCAUCCGCCCUGGCAUUCACGAUGUCUACUAGUGAGAAGAGCCCUUUCUGGGUCGAGUCCGAGGAUUGGCAUACUGCCGGCGAACCUUUCCGUAUCGUGGACAGGCUGCCAAACGGUUAUCUACCCGAGGCCCAAACCGUAGCCGAUCGUCGUUUCGCAGUUAUCAAGACUCCUGGCCACCCGUUAGAUGAGCUUCGCCAAUCACUAUGCCACGAGCCCCGCGGCCACGCGGACAUGUACGGAGGUUUCAUCACGCCGCCUGAUGAUUCUGGGGCUCACUUUGGGGUCAUGUUCUGGCAUAAAGACGGAUUUUCGACUGCAUGCGGGCAUGGAACUAUCGCCUUGGGAUACUGGGCUGUUACCAAGGGACUCGUUGAAGCACCCAAAGAUGACGGAGUUGUCGACGUCAUCAUCGAUGUUCCUUCUGGGCGCGUGGUUGCCAGCGUAGGCGUUAAGCAGGGCACACCUGUCUAUACCGACUUUGUUAACGUAUUGAGCUACCAACUUGUCAAGGACCUGGAGGUCCAGAUCCCGUCUCAUCAUGCAACUAUUCACGUCGACCUUGCCUUUGCUGGUGCAGUCUACGCUACGCUGGAUGCAUCUCAGAUCGGACUUAUGGUGGAGCCUGGCAGCCAUCAAGACUUUAUCAAACUUGGCAGAGAGAUCAAAGCUUCCAUCGGUGGCAAGGCCAACUAUGGCACCUACGAUCUAUAUGGCGUGAUCUUCUACAACGAAGAAGGCGAUGUCAGUAAAGAGCGAGACGAGGUGAAACAGAGAAACGUCACCGUCUUUGCUGAUGGACAAAUUGAUCGUUCUCCGUGCGGUUCGGGUACCUGCGCAAGGCUUGCUGUGCUGCUUGCGCAGGGCAGGAUAGCACCGGGUCGCUCCAAGCUUAUGCACCAGUCCAUCGUUUCUACCCGCUUUCAAGCCGACAUUGUAUCCGAAGAGACAAGUCCCGUGGAAGGCUUUCCUGCCUGUAUCCCACGCGUCCGAGGUCACGCCAAUCUGGUCGGGCGGAUGAACUUCUACAUCGAUCCUUCUGAUCCGGUUUACCCCGGCUUUCUUCUCCGCUAAACCAUCGACGCCAC